UGGCUGACUAGAUGGUGCAAUUAUUUCCCAAGAGAGAGGACGACUGCCCAAACGCAAACAAAGGAUGGAUGGCCCACCGCUGUGUUCAGGAUGGCUCACCAAGCUGGGCUACAAGUCGGGCAAGUGGCAAUCGAGAUACUUUGUCCUGUCGAAGCGCCACAUGACCUACUAUGCUGGCAUUGGAGGCAAGCUCAAGGGAAGCAUCUCGGUGGACAGCAUGAAAGGCGUGCAGGUCGUGGGCGAGAACGAGCCCAUCGACGCCACCGCCUGCACCUCCAUCCCGCGCCGCCCCGUCUGCGACUUUGCCUUCAAGGUGGAGACGGUCACUGCGGACGGCCCACGCGCCUUCUACUUCAUCUGCACCAGCGAAGCCGAGCGCGAAACGUGGCUUGCGCGGCUGCACGCCGCACGCACAGGUGACCAAGACACGUCAUCGCCACAGCAGCAGCAGCAGGAUCAGCAGCGCCGGCAACAGCAGAAGAUGGUGUUUGUGCCCAAGUCCGAGGCAACCCAGCGCCUCAACAUUCUCCGACAACCUUGGUUCCGGCGCACCGCCUCCAGUGCAGACAUCAAGCAUUAUCUGCACGGAGCGCAGGCAGGCGCCUUUGCCAUCACAGACUCUCCAGGUCGACCUGGCGAUUUUGAUCUCUGGAUCCAAACAGGCGACCGCGUCAUCAAACUCCUCAUCCUGCACCAGUCUUACAAGGGGCUCACGUGCAGCGGACUGCAAGGCGCGCGUGUUCUCUUUGAGCACAUCCUCGACUUUGUGUUCCACUACUGCCGCAAGCCAAUCCGCAUCAGGCAGCUCCACAACCAGCGGGUGUAUCUCAGUCUCUCCGCGUGCUCCAAUGCCGAGAACAAUUGGAGGGCUCGCCACGGGACGGUUUCACGCCCCGUUGUCCGCCCAACACAGCAGAGAAAGCAGCAGAGCCAGCGCCAGCGCCGCCUGCAACAACAGCAGCGGCGUGAGGGCAUGAAGGGCUCACAUCAUCAGUCUUCACCGUCCUCGUCCUCGGCAGCGGCGUCACAGCACCACCGAGCGACGGUCGGCACCAGCGACAGUGUGCAGUCGCCCGCGUCUGCGUUGGAGGCGGCGCAGGACACGAUUGCGGCGGCAACAGCGGACCUCUCUGAACUCUCGCAGCGGUACGCGUCCAAGAAGCAGAAGAUCGACGACCUCAAGGUCAGCGUCGAAAUCUCCAUCUCCUCCACGGAUCUGCGUGUGCGCUCGGCCAAGGACGCGUACCUGGCGUUGGUGUCUCGUGCAAGCAAAGUGUCUGCCCGCGAUGCAGCCAAGGACACGCUCGCACACGUGCGCGCCGCCAUUGAGGCAAUGGGCGGGGAGGCGGAGGCAGACACGGCCGAGCUGCGGGCGACGUUUGCGGCCAUGAAGGACGUGGUGGGCGCAAUGGAGACAGAGCUCGCAGCCUUUGAAGAAGCCAUUCAAACCGCAAACGCAAGCGUGCAGGGUGCGCUGAAACACGUUCGGAACGGCGCAGCCCCUGGUGAUGUGUCCUCCAGCAUGAAUGUGCUCAACACAACAACGCGGGCGGCCAAAGACGCAUUUGAGCGGUUGAACUCGGAGCUGAUGGAGCAUGUGCUUGCUGUGACGGACGUGCUUGGGCGGGACCACAGCGUGACGGAAGACCUUCAAGGCGCACGCACGCUGGUGGAGAAGCUGGAGGAGCAAGACAAGGAGGAGAGGAAGGAAGUGGAUGAUGAUGGCGGUGGUGACGGCGACAACGCGGAGAGUCAGGGCGGUGUUGCCGGUGGUUUUGAUGGUGGGGGUGAGGUGAGCUCAGGUGGAGCUGCUGAUGAAACCCGGGUUGAAAGUGCACAAGAGGGAAUGGAGGAGGAGGAAGACGACCCGUCCAUGCUGGUGGCUGUUGACGAAGACGUGUUCGAUGCGCUGGCAGUGGAAAGCAGCAGCAGCAGCGAUGAUGAUGAUGGUGAUGAUGAUGGUGAUGAGAUGAAGGAGGAGGGAAAAGACACGAAGGAGGAGGAUGUUGAGGGGAAGGAGGAGGUUGAAGAUGGAGGUGAGCGUGUUGUAAGCGACGAGGAUGUGCGUGAUCAUCAACGUGGCGGUGAUGACGCAAGCGUGGCCGUUGGGACGAAUAAGCCCGACACCAGCAUGCACAAUGUCGACGACAAGGAAGCUAAUGGUGAUGGAGAUGGCGUACACGAUCAUGACGAGCAGGCGGAGGAGGACACAACAACACCAACGACAGCAGCUUGUGCUGUGCAGGACGCCAAACAGGAAUCGGGCGAUGUGGUGUCGGCAACAGAUGUCAAUGAGCACCAACAGCCCACCACUUCAUCGGCCACAAUGACACCAGCUGCCAAGUCUGAUCACAGCACCACGUCCAACGCCUCCACUGACACCACCACCAACACCAGUGCCCCCACUGCUGCUCCCACCGCCGACAACAACAACACCGCCACCACCGGCUCCUCCUCUGACGACGACGACGACGACGACGAUGACGUUGUUGACCUGAUGGUUGAUCAGCGGCCGCCAGCUGGUGAGCACUCGCAGCGCGCGGACGAGAUUGCGGCCAAACGCGAGGAGCGCACACGCGCGCAGGAGUUUCAGCGGAAGAAAGAGGAGGAGGAGGAGGAGGCACGGGCGUUUCUGCAGACUCUACUGCAGGAGCCGAUUGACGGCGACCUUGGCGAUGCCCUGAAGAGUGGGCAGAUCCUGUGCAGGGCGAUGAAUGUGCUGUCGCCCAACAGCGUGCCGCGCGUGAGCACGAGCAAGCUGUCGUUCCACCAGAUGGAGAACAUUGGGUAUUUUCUCAGCGCCGUGGAGGGAUACGGUAUACGCUCCUCAGAUUCGUUUCAGACUGUCGAUCUCUUUGAGCGGCAGAACAUUCCACAGGUCGUCCGCACCCUCCUCCACCUCAAGCGCAUCGCCACCCAGCGCGGCCACAUGCCCACCACCAAGACGGCCAACAAGUCCGACACCGUCACCAAGCCCGAUACUGCUGCUGCUGCCGAGAAAAAGGGUGCAGUGAAAGCGCCUGCUGUGAAGCCAAAGCCAAAGUCAACACCAACGUCAACGCCAAAGCCAGCAGUGGGUAAGAAGUCACAAGCAGCACCUCGACCACCACCGCCCGCCGUCUCGCCAUCGCCACCGCCGGCAUCGUCACCAGCAGCGUCGCUGUCUGCGUCUGUGUCCAGCGCAUCGACCGCAGCCACGCCCACCCCGUCCUCGGCGGCAGCGCCAACAACACCGACCAAGCAAGAGGCACCACCUGCUACAGAUGCAGCACCAGAGGCAUUGGAAACCGUUGCAGCCAAGCCGAAGACACAGCAGCAGUCCACGCCGCCGGUGCGAACGUUCAGCAUGGGCGGCAAGUCGCUUCCCGUUCCCGCCAAGUACCGCAAACAGCCCAACGCCUAACCGCAAUGUCGUGUGCUUGUGUGUGUGUGCGUGUGUGUGUGAUGUGAUGUGAUUUGUGUGUGUGUGUGUGAUGUGAUG